AUGAGGUUCCUUUGCCUUCCUGGUGCCUACGGCAGCGCCGACAAGUUCCAGGUUCAGCUGGCUCCAAUCCUCAAGGAGCUAACCAACGACGGAACUGCCACUUUUUACUUCACCCAUGGCCCCUGUGAGGUUGUGCCCCCUGAGGGGUUCGAGGAGUUCUUUGGCGAGCCUCCCUACUACCGCUUUAUCGAGCCCGAUGAUGUCGACGCCCAGAUGCAGGACAACGAUGUUCUGUCCCGCAUCCGCGACUUUCCUCACGGAGAGACCGCCGAAGAUACCAUGCGCGAGCUGAUGCAGGUCGGCGUCGCCACCUCGCACAAGUCAACCGCCCGCGCCAUGAAGUACCUGAGCGACAUCAUCCAGCGCCGUGGCCCCUUUGACGGCAUCAUCGGCUAUUCGGAGGGCGCCACCGUCGCGUCCACCUUCUUGCUGCACGAACAGCGCCGUCGACACCUGAUGGGCGGCCCUCCGACUCUCAAGUACGGCAUCUUUUUCGCCGGCUGGCCUCCGGUCGACCCCAAGACGCACGGACUAGUCCUCGCUGACGAGACCGAUGAGAGGGUCGAGACCAAGACGCUCCAUAUUGUCGGGUCGCUUGAUCCCUACCUCGACGGCUCGAUGGCCCUCUACAACGUUUGCGAUCCCGACGGAGCCUAUCUCUUUGAUCACGCCAAGGGCCACACCCUUCCCAGGGACCGCGAGACCAUCAAGGAACUUGCCGAUGUUGUUAGGGAAGCGAUUGAGGAGCUCAGGGAGGAUGGCCUCUUGUAA